UGAUACUAGGCGCACAUGCGCUGUGCUUGCAGCGAGCUUUCCCCAGAAGUCUUUGCAGCACCGUGUCCAUUUUGGGAUGAAAUGGAUGAUGGUCUCAUUUACAGAAUUCCUUUGCAACGAUCUUUGAAUGUGCAAGGGAAAUACCCAAUUCAUGAUGACCAAACUCAAGGCUAUCUAGACAUGAUGCCCUCUGGUGACUCAUUUAAACGAAGGCCCGACUAUGGUUUGCAGGGCUUUUCUCACCGAGAAGAAGGGCGAAGAUCAAGUGAACAUGGGGACAAGUUAAAGAAAAUUCCUUACCCUCACUCGAGGUCCGAUGAUCGAGGAAGGGAUCCUAAACGUUCAAGGCUUGAACACCAUAGCCGCAGUAAGGAUCAUCAUAGCAGACAGCAACGUAGCCGCAGUCCGGAAAGACACAGGAGUUACAGAGCUAGAAGUUCUGAUCGGCGAAGGAGCAUCACUCCUCCUCGGAAUCCAAGCAACAGUCAUGCACAGGAACAUUUUCCAUACAGCAAAAGUAAAAAUGAUGAAUUCCGUGAACUGGAAAUUGCUCGCAGAAGGAAAGAGCAAGAAGAGAGGAUCAGAGCAGAAAUGCUACCUCCCCCUCAGCGGGAACUUUCAAACCGCACAUAUGGUCUAUCUGAGCAUUUUGAUAAGAAUAUAUUAGGCAUUCAGCAGUCUCCCAGUAGUAGCUAUGUUUUACAUAGACCUGAUGAGGCUCCACAAAUGCCGAAGAAAUCUAUUCUGAAGAAACGCACAGAACCAGGAUUGGAGCCCUCAACUGUAAUGCAGUUUGAUGAGUAUCAUGGUGCCACAGUCAAGGAAAGCCCUGAGCAGCAGAAAAAUUAUGUUUCACCGCAAGGUUUCACACGGUUACCACAGCAUGAAUCAAGUUAUGCUGAGACUGAACAGUUCUCUUUCAUGCAAGACACGAGAGAAAUUCAUCAAAUCACUGAUCAGGGAGGUGUCCCUGGUCUGUCCAAUACCAAUUUCUUUUUUGAGAGGGAUGUUCCAGCUAAGAUUGGCACAAAAUCAAAUUUGGAAAGGUCUGAGAUUCAGGACCGGGUUUCAGACUUCCUUCUUCCACAUGAACGGGCUAGUCAAGAUGGCCGUGGUUUCUGUCGUAUACUUGGCUUAUUAGAAGAAUCUGAAAAUGGGAACUUAGAAGAGAGGAGGAAGCAUAAUUUUCCAGAUAUAGAGGAUGAGGAAAGGUUUCUCUAUGGAGAAGAUGAGGAAGAGAAAGCAGAAGGUGGGAAACAUAGAGAUGCUCUUGCAAACCGGAAUCUCCUUCCUGUAAGACAAACCAGUCUGCCUGAAGGAGCAUCUAACUUGGCAAGUGCAAAACCUGAGAAAGAAUAUGAAAAGAUCCAUGAUUUACUGAAGACCAUUGGACUCGAUAUAGGAGUAACAGAGAUCAGCAAACUGGCAGCCCGUACUGAGGAACGACUGCAUGGGAAAAAACCUGUAACUCGAUCACCUGAACACCCACUAGGACCUCACAAAACUGCUUCCUGGGAGAAGCGAAGAAGCCGAAAUGAGGCAAAAUCACCAGAACCUCAUACACAAACACGAACGAGGUCACACAAACUGGAAAAUACCUUGGGUCCUGUGGUGAGAGAAGGCAAGGAGUCGUUUAAUCGAGAAACAGCAAAAGAGCCUGAGAAAGCACGAUGUCCUACAGUAAUCCCAACAGUCCAUAAACCUGGUUUAUUGCCAAUCCCAUCACAAAAUUAUGCCAUGCCACCUUACGGGCAAUAUCCAGCACCUCCAGUAAAUUAUCCACUAAAUGCACCGCCACCAAACUAUAAUCAAUAUGACCCUUAUGUCUCAUUGUCUGCCCCAACUUGGCCAAUGUACCCACCUUCACAAGUUACUGAGCCAUAUGCUCAGCAACCAAACAAUCGAAUGUUUGUGGUUAUGCAGCCGCCCAAGGUCACCCGACCAAAUCUAAGGGUCAUUGAAACAGUUAAUGAUCCUGAAGACAUUGCAGACCACAAGCAAAAGAAUUCUGUAUUGGUGCAAGUGCAGACAACACCUACUUUGAGCCAAGUUCCGGUAGCAUCCUCAAAUCGGAUGAUGCUGAUGCCCAAUUUUGCAGAGGAGGAGAAGAGGAAAUCUGAACAGAAGCAAAAGGUUCUGGAAGAGAAAGCCAAGCUCCUCAAGGAGAAAGAAGCUAGGGCGAAACGUCUGGAUUAUCUUGGAAAUGAGCUGCAGAAACUUCGAAAACAGCAAGGGGAAUUGCUAAGAAAGAAACGUCGUGAGAAGGAUGGACACAAGGACCCUCUUCUGGUUGAAAAUGGCAAGCUACAGGAAGACAUUGUGCGCCAGAUGUCUUUAGUUCGUCAGCAGGUUGAGGAGACUGUUAAAAAGCUAUCGGAGCUGGAGAAGGUGGCUCAGAUCUUGGGGGUGGUGAUUCAAGAUAAAAGUUCAAAAUCAUCUGACAAGCACAAAGGUGAUGUCUUGGAAAAGGUGCUGCUAAAAGAAGAAAAUUUGGCAUCGUCAAAGGAGAUUUCAACAAGGAAAGGAUCUUUGGAGGAGUUGGAUGCUAAAACAAGGAAGCUACGUGAAAACCUCCCUGAAUCUAGAGAUGUGUAUGAAUACUAUGAUACAGGGAAUCACUGGUGCAAAAAUUGCAAUACCAUUUGUGGGACAUUGUUCGACUUUUUCACUCACAUGCAUAAUAAGCGACAUAGGCAGACACUGGAUCCUUAUGAUAGACCGUGGUCUGCAAAGAUGGCAAGUGAAGACAAAAAUGACUCUGUCAAGCGAACUGAUAAAAUAACAAUGCCAGCAAAAGGUUCAGAAUUUUUGAUGCCAGUCACUGGAUUUUACUGCCAGCUCUGUGAGGAGUUCUACGGGGAUCAGAUUUGCGCUGAAGAUCAUGUCAAAUCACGUGCUCACAAUGAUAAAUAUAAGGCAUACUUAAAUGAGAAUCCUGUGUAUGAACAAAGGAGAAACCUAGAUCGUCAGGCUGGCUUAGUUGUGAUUACUGAGACAGAGCGCCGGCGUCAGGCAGGUCUGAAGAGGAAAUUAGAUGAAGAGAAAGAGAUUCAGAAACAGAAAAGGCUGGAAGAGAGCGAUGAGAGGAAGGCAAAACUAAUCAGACUGGCUAAGGAGGAGGGUGCGAAUGUUACUGAGCUAGAAGAAGAAAGGAGUGACCGUUCGUCCUCCCACAAAAUAGACCUCAGUAGCAAGCCAGGUAUAAAACUGAUGCUGAAAAAGGAUGAGGUUGAAGACAAGAAAGAUGAGGAACAAGGCUCACCCUUCGGAAAAUUCAGUUGGAAGAAACCUGAGAAAGAAGAGGAAAAAGUCAGCACAGUAGGAGUAAAGGAGGAAAAUAUUGAAGGCAGCAAAGAGAAAGAUGAUGGUAAGGGGCAGACUGGAAAAUCUACGUCCAAGAUGAUUGAAAUUAAACUCUCUGGAAAGACUCUUAUUGCUCAUACCAGCCCCUGGGUACCAUUCACUUCAGUAAGUACAACGACACAGGCAAAAAUCCGUCCCAAUCUUCCUGUGGCUAAUGUGCCACUGAGGAAGGCUAGUGGGUCGUCUGUAAAUAAACCAGCGCCUUUGGAUACAUUCCUCUCCAUUCGAUCUUCAGGAACUUCUAACAAACCACUACCUGUAGUUAAGGCCGGAGCAUUGUUAGCUCCUGAUGUGAUCUCCAGGGCUUUUGGUGGCGAGGAAGUGACUUUGAAAGGAAGCAUUCUGGAUGUACAUAAAGAACCUGAUCAUUUGGCUGAAGAACCAGCCCCUGGAGUGUCUGAAUGUGAGCAAACUAUAUUGGCUGUUCCAGUCCGCCCACCACCACCACUGGCUAUGUCUCUCACUGACUCCAGUAAGAAGUCAGAGAAACCCAAAACCUGUCUGGCUGCUGCUAAUGCUAAAGAUUUGUAUGGUAUUUAUUACAGUAGCUCCGGGAAGACCCCGGUCGAUAAACUUGGCAACAGUGCUCAAACUGCCAAAUUAGUAUCAGGUACUCUGAAGUCCACAGCAGGACAAGUCAAAAGUAGGGAUGGAAAACUUGAGGAACUAAUAUACCCUGAAAAUACCACCACAGCUGUUCCCAAACCUGCCACUGGGGGUAAGAGCAGUGAAAUUGAAACUGACGAACAAGUUGAAAGGAGGGGUAUAUCUGAUCAACAAGGCACAGGGUCAUGUGCAGAUUAUGAUUGCAGCACAUCUGCAACAGAAUUACAAAAUAAAGGUGACAAGGCGACUGCUCACCAAAAAAGCUCAGCUGGAAAAUUAAUAAUUAACUCUGCAGAACAAACAGAAGAAGUUGCUAGAUUAGAAAUAUCCACGUUGCUAUCAGAAAAACUAUACGGUGCAAAAGUGAAUGCCCCGGUCUUACAGUGUAAUGAAGAACAUCCACAGCAGGAUGAUCAUGCAGGCAUCAAUUCAGAACAGGAAGUUCAGGAUGUAGAAUUGCAAACCUCCAUUUUAGAUGGUGCUGAACAGUCUCAACGAUCUGACCUCUCCAACACCGUUGAACAAGCUAAGGACAUGGAUAUUGAUGCUCUUGUGUCAAAUAUUUCAGAACAGCCUGAACAGUGUGAUGAUUUGAUUAGUUCAAGCACACUCGAGGUUAAGGAUGUAGCAGUUGUUACUUCUGUAUUUACUGGUACAGAGAACAGGAGUGUACGCCCUGCACUCACUGCUAUAGGAGGAGGAGAUGUUGAUGAUACUUGCAAACUAGAUGUUGUUGUGAAUGAUGACCUAAACAUUUCCAAUCUGACUGAACAGUUUCAAGAGGAAGCCCAUGCCUUAGUUAGUACUGCAGAACAUCGUCUGGAAGUGUGUAAUGCUCCAAAAUCGAAUAUAGAUAUGGAACUGGACAACCAUGCCUUAAACAACACUGCAAAUCAGUCAGCACAGUGCGAUAGUGACCUGAAUGUCUCUGAACCAGUAGAUGAAGUUAAAGAUGUAGAAGUAGAUAUUCACCAAUAUGAUAUUGACUUAAACGUCUCUGAACCAGUAGAUGAGGUUAAAGAUGUGCAAGUAGAUGUUCACCAGUAUGAUACUGAUGUAAAUGUCUCUGAAUUAGUAGAUGAGGUUAAAGAUGUGCAAGUAGAUUUCCACCAGUAUGAUACUGAUGUAAAUAUGUCUGAACCAGUCGAUGAGGUUAAAGAUGUGCAAGUAGAUGUUCACCAGUAUGAUACUGACUUGAGGAUCUCUGAAGAAAUAGAUGAGGUUAGGGAUGUGCAAGUAGAUGUUCACCAGUAUGAUACUGACUUAAUUGUCUCUGAACCAGUUGAUGAGGUUAAAGAUAUAAAAGUGGAUGCUUUCAUAUCUGAUGGCACCAUAGAACAGUAUGAAGUUGGUUUCAGCAUCAUCAGUCCGGUGAAUGAAGUGGGAGAUGUAAAAAUAAAUACCUCAAUAUUAGAUGGCAUUAUGGAACAGCAGCAAUUUAGUGCAGUGGAGCCAGCAAGGGUUGAAGAAAUAGGUGGCCAUAAAAUAGGUCAAAUUGGAAAUAGUGAAAUGAACAAUUUGCUGCAGUCUGAUCUAUGCGAUGACAAUGUAAACAGUGGUCCUAUCCCAAAUCAGCAAGAAAUAGAGUUGACGGACACAUUACAAAUUAAACCUUGUGAGAGAGAAGGCAUCCAUUUUAAGGAGAAGCAGGAUAUCGAUGCGAGCACUUUACUACAGGCUGAGCAGUUUGGUACUCAGCAGGAUAUUCCUAAACCUGCAGAGCAAUGUAGAGAAAUGAGCAGCUCACAGCAGACUAAGCAGCAUGAUAACAAUAAUAAGGUAAAUGUUGUAGCCAUACAGCUGCAAGAUCAUGGUAGGAGCAGCUUUCCUGAACCAGAAGAUCUGUCUGAAAGUGAAAAAGUUUGUAUUUCCGAUCAGACUAGGCAUAGUGACAGUCAGAUUAGCACCUUAAAUGUUGCAAUAGCAGACAGUAUAGCAGAAGCCCUAACACGGUCCCCACAGCUUCAAAAUGCUGAUGACAGCACAUCAGAAAUGGCACCAAAGGAAAGUAAAUCAAGUGUUUGUCAAUUAACAGAAGCUGUUGGCAGUGGCAAAACAGACCCUAGAGAGGACUGCAAGAGCAGUGGCAGUUCGCGUACAUCCUCUAGACGAGCAGCACAAGCUGGAAAGGCUGCUUUGUCCACUCAGACCCCUACUAAAACAAAUGAAAAGCAUGAAUUGGAUGAGUCUGCAAACAUUCAGGCCAAGCAGCCACGUCGCAGGAGUGCAAGGAAUCUUCGGUCAACAAAGUAAUAUUGUAAAAUAAUUCUGACAGAAGAGCAAAACGUCUACGCUGCAGGAUGGAUAUCGUAUUCAGUAACAAAUAGUGAAGCGCACAAAACCUUGUUCUUUUCUGAUCUGCAGACUAAGUCCUGAGCUUUGUAUCCUACUCCUGUCUGCCUCCCUGACUUUUUUGUAAAGAAAUUGUGAUUUUUUUUUGGUGGAGGUGGGAGUGGGGUCUUUUUUUAGGUAUGCAUGCUGUAAAGUUCCAGCAAAGAUUUCAAUCACUUUAUAAGUGCUGUGUAGGAUUAUAUUUUUGUUUCUUUUUGCAUGGUGUUGCAUUAUGUUGUAACAGGCACCCAGGGCGCAGGCAUUCCACUUGAAAACAAAUUGAUAUUUAAAUAAGUAUGGGGAUGUUCUAAGCAAUGACUUCGGCUGCUGAAGAUGACAGAAGGCUUUGUGUUGCAACAGUUGUUAACUGGGUGAAGGAGUGUAGUUUCCUUUUUUUAAGCACACUGCUCUUCUGUAAUUGGUUGCCACUAUUAUAGUGGCCAGAAGAAAUCAUCUUGUCACUUAGGGUAAACCAAUGGAAGGUUUUUAAAAUAGUUUAUAGUUUCUUCUGUUUUAUUCCUAAUAUUGUACAUUAAACAGUGUAGUCAAGUCUGUGUGUCUGCCUUUUCUCUUGUUUCACAAUUCUGCAGUGUUGUCUCCAUUGAAUAGAUUCAUCGGUCUAUCUUUACCUCGGAGUGGGAAGUGAAUUGGUAAGACAGGUUAAGAGCAUGGACCAAAAUUGUGAUUUUUCAAUUUUUUUGUAAAUGCUAUGCUUUGUAAUUUUGCUGUGAUGCAAUAACUUUCCUCUAUUGCAGCAUUUAGAGCAAUGCAGAAACGAUGCAGCAGGAUCCAACGAAAGAAGACACUGAACUCAUUUCCCCUCUGCCUGAACGCAAUAUCACAGUAUCAUUGUAUUGACAAUUUCUGUACAAUUCUGUUCUAAACAGUAAUGUUUAAAAAAGAAUCCUGUGAACUUGAUGGAUUGUAACUGCAAAUUGCUUGGAUGACAUUUAUUUGCAUAAUUGCUAUGUUGAAACGUUAUAAAUAAAACUACUCCAUUCAACUGUA